AAGAGCUGCUCUUAUGUCAUCCGUCAGAAGCACAUUGGUAGGAGUGGUGAACAUUAAAACAGUAUUCAAAGUAGUUGCUGGCGGCCUUACAGUCGUCUCUGCCAUGGAGGUUUUGAGUCGUUGGUCCUCAUUUGAUCAGCUGGUUGCAGCCGUACAAACCUGUGUGCUUCCAGCCGGCACAAGGCUGGUUCAAAUCACAGAUGGCUGUGUGUGCCUCACAGUUCAAGCUGAAAGUUUAUCAGCUCUUAAACUUUUGUGGAAGUUGUAUCAGGAUGGAACCCUUCAAAAACAUCUGCACGAUUUCUUUGUCACUGAUGAGGUGAGAGAACUCGCCGAUGGAGAGGAUGUGGAGGUGAAUGUCACCAUCGAUGAAGGCGAAUAUCAGAAAGCUUGUGUCGAGCUCAUACAAGGGGCCCAAGGAGGUGCAACGAUUGACAGUGUUGAAAGAAAACGGCGAAACUCUGAUUCAGCUGUGUAUUUCAACGCAAAAGAAUUACCAUUGUCAAGGCUUGAAUGUCUAGAAACUGAAUUAAAAUAUCUCCACAACAGAAUUACACUUCUGGAGGAAAAAAACCAGAAUUUGGGAUCGCACUCUUUGGAAAAAGUGGACAUCGCACCUUUAGGAUCAUACGAUGAAAGUUUUGAUUACAAACCAUGGGACCCCACGACAAUGGAGAAAGACAUUUUAAAGAUGGAAGGAUCAGAAAGACGCGAGAGUAAACAAACAAUGAAAUUUAUGGGCGCAGAAAAAAUGGAUCUUGUACAGAGGUAUAUAGAAAAUGUGCAAGAGACAUAUAGCUUGACGACUGAGGCAAGUGACAGUGGUUUGGGAGCACGCACUGCUGUGUCCGAAGAGGAAACAGAAGAUGUGAGAGAUUCCAGUACACUUUGCGUUAAAGAUCUGGGGGAAGGGUCAUUACAUGAAAUGGAUCGGAAACUUUCUGCAGAUAAAGUUGCGUUGGAUAGGGUUUUUCGAUUUUUUGGUCUUAAAGUGGACUUUAGACCUUCCAGUCAUGUUUCUUGUAUGAGGCAGAUUGCACAUAGCUUUCCAAACACUCCUGUUGACCUAAUGAGGCAAUGUUUCGAGGCACUUCAAAUGUAUGAUCUUGUUGACCUUCUGGAGAAGGCGUUGAAAACAAGUUCACUUCGUCCUGUCCUUUCCUCUAGAGAAGUUGAGACGUUACGCAUUGGUAAUAUUCCCACAAAAUCUCACAACAAUGUGGUAGUACUGGUAGUGAAUGACAGUGCGGACAAAGACCUCAAUCAAAAGACUGAGGAAUUUUUUAAAGAAUUAAAUUCACAGAACGAUGUCACUGUAAUUAGAUCUUCUAGGUCGGAAGAAAAGCUUAAGGAACUGAAGGAUUUGAAACAGGAACAAAAGCGUUUGAAACGACUACGCGAGGAGCAAAUGCAUUGGAAACUACAAAGCGAGAAGGUAAAAAAAAGGGAAAAUUUUCCGUUUACAACCACAAAACGUAGAAGGGGUAAUUUGGUCUCUCAGAUAAAUUUUGAUGUCGCACGGCUUGAAAAAGAAAUGGAGAUGAACGAACUGCUUGUGGAGGAGCAACUGAAAGAGAAUAAGGAGACUAAGACGAUCAUAACGUCUACAAUGGACAACUGGAUUCAGAAUCAAGAGAAAUUCACCGCGAUUUUUCUAGCUUUCAUCAUCGAUGAAGAGAAAUCAAUUUACGAUUAUGAUGUUUUAUCAGAAUGUGUGGCGUCCAAGUUGUCAUCGCUUCCAUAUCACACGAAAAUCGUGGUUGGUGCUCCAAGGGGGAAAAUCGUUCGUAAGGUUCCUGAGAUGCUAUCUGUUGGUUCUCCAUUAAUACCAAUUACCUCCUCGAUCUUCAAUUCGAUGAUUGACAUUUUCAUCAAGCGAUACCACAAAGUGGAUGUCGUCUCAAUGAUGAGAGAAUUAUUAAGAACAUGUCCGGAACUAGCUUUUGAUCGAGGUAUGAAUGACAUCCGAAGCAAUCUUUCUACUCUUCCAAGUUUUGAGAAAAGGAAAGAACAGGAGCUCGAGCGACGCUAAUCAUAUGUGAAUUAAACGAGACACUAUUUGAAAUAAGAAACAUUAUCAACAACUAAUAAGGGACCAGUCAUCCGAUCAUUAUCUAUCGC